AGGAAGCGUUUUACAUAAGAUCUAGGGGCAGAGAUCUACAGAGAAGGGCAUCGUUCUAAUGCAGGUCAGUCAGAAAGUUCUAAUUCGAGUUGAAUUAAUGAAAUCAUCUGGGUUGACUGCAUACGGAGUUGAAGAAACUGCACGUUCUUGAACCGGGUCUGAACAAUGGAGACUGCACCAGCAAAAACGCUACAGAAAAGGCAAGUUAUCUUUCUUGCUAUAUUGUUGCUUUUGUGGGAGGCUGGCAUUGAAGCAGUUAGGUACUCCAUGCCAGAAGAAACAGAAAGUGGGUCUUUUGUGGCCAACUUGGCAAAAGACCUGGGGCUCAGGGUUGGGGAACUGGCCACUCGGGGAGCGCGAAUCCAUUACAAAGGAAACAAACAGCUCUUGCAGCUGGAUGUAAAGACCGGGAAUUUGCUUCUAUAUGAAAAACUGGACCGGGAGGUGCUAUGUGGGGCGACGGAUCCCUGUAUACUGCAUUUCCAGCUAUUACUGGAAAACCCGGUGCAGUUUUUUCAAGCUGAUCUGCAGCUCACAGAUAUAAAUGAUCAUUCCCCAGAGUUCCUAGAGAGGGAAAUGCUUCUAAAAAUCCCAGAAAACGUCCAGACAGGAACUGUGUUUCCUUUGAAAAUAGCUCAGGACUUUGACAUAGGUAGCAACAGUAUUCAGAACUACACAAUCAGCCCCAACUCUCAUUUUCAUGUUGUCACUCAUAAUCGUGGAGACGGUAGAAAAUACCCAGAGCUGGUGCUGGACAAAACGCUGGAUCGGGAGGAGCUGCCUGAGCUCAGUUUAACCCUCACUGCGCUGGAUGGUGGGGCUCCACCCAGAUCCGGGACCACCGCAGUCCACAUUGAAGUCGCCGACAUCAAUGACAACGCCCCUGAGUUUUUACAGUCGGUCUAUGAGGUACAGAUUCCGGAGAACAGCCCCCUAAACUCCUUAGUUGUCUCUGUCUCCGCCCGAGAUUUAGAUUCAGGAACGAAUGGGAAUGUAGCCUACGCUCUAUUCCAAGGUGAUGAAGUUACUCAACCAUUUGUAAUAGAUGAAAUAAGAGGAGAAAUUCGUUUGAAAGGGGCAUUGGAUUUCGAGGCAACUCGAUAUUAUAACUUGGAAAUUGCAGCCACAGACGGCGGGGGCCUUUCAGGAAAAUGCACUGUAGCUAUAGAGGUUAUGGAUGUAAACGACAACAUCCCUGAACUGACCAUGUCGACGCUCACCAGCUCUACUCCAGAAAACUCCCCAGAGACUGUGGUGGCGGUUUUCAGUGUUUCCGAUCCAGAUUCCGGGGACAACGGUAGGAUGGUCUGCUCCAUCCAGAAUGAUUUCCCCUUUCUCUUGAAACCCACAUUCAAAAACUUUUACACCCUAGUGACCGAGAGGCCACUGGACAGAGAGAGCAGAGCCGAAUACAACGUCACCAUCACCGUCACAGAUAUGGGGACCCCCAGGCUGAAAACCGAGCACAACAUAACCGUGCGGGUGUCCGACGUCAACGACAACGCCCCCGCCUUCACCCAGACCGCCUACACCCUGCGGGUGCGCGAGAACAACAGCCCCGCCCUGCACAUCGGCAGCGUCAGCGCCACAGACAGAGACGCGGGCGCCAACGCCCAGGUCACCUACUCGCUGCUGCCGCCCCACGACCCGCACGUGCCCCUCGCCUCCCUGGUGUCCGUCAACCCGGACAACGGCCACCUGUUCGCCCUGAGGUCGCUGGACUACGAGGCCCUGCGGGCCUUCGAGUUCCGCGUGGGCGCCGCCGACCGCGGCUCGCCGCCGCUCAGCAGCCAGGCGCUGGUGCGCGUGCUCGUGGAGGACGCCAACGACAACGCGCCCUUCGUGCUGCACCCGCUGCAGAACGCCUCGGCGCCCUGCACCGAGCUGGUGCCCAGGGCGGCCGAGGCGGGCUACCUGGUGACCAAGGUGGUGGCGGUGGACGGCGACGCGGGCCAGAACGCCUGGCUGUCGUACCAGCUGCUCAAGGCCACGGAGCCCGGGCUGUUCGGCGUGUGGGCGCACAACGGCGAGGUGCGCACGGCCCGGCCGCUGAGCGAGCGCGACGCGGCCAAGCAGCGGCUGGUGGUGCAGGUCAAGGACAACGGCGAGCCGCCGCUGUCGGCCAGCGUCACGCUGCACGUGCUGCUGGUGGACGGCUUCUCGCAGCCCUACCUGCCGGCCCCGGAAGCGGAAGCGGCGGACGCGGGCCCGGCCGACCCGCUCACCGUCUACCUGGUGGUGGCCUUGGCGUCGGUGUCGUCGCUCUUCCUCUUCUCGGUGCUGGUGUUCGUGGCGGUGCGGCUGUGCAGGAGGGGCGGGGCGGCCUCGGUGGGCCGCCGCUCGGUGCCCGAGGGCCACUUUCCGGGCCAGCUGGUGGACGUCAGCGGCACGGGGACCCUGUCCCAGAGCUACCAGUACGAGGUGUGUCUGCGGGGAGGUACUGGGACCAGCGAGUUCAAGUUUCUGAAACCAGUUCUCCUCAACCUCCGGUCCCAGGGCGCUGGUGAAGAAAAAGAGGAACACGUCAACUUCCGGAAUAGCUUUGGAUUCAAAUAGAGAUCUCAUCAUGAUGCAGGGUAUUUUGUCAUUUAUCUCUAAAUAUAUGACGCUUAUUUAUUUACAGCGUGUCAUUCCAAAUCCUUGCAUGCUGUUGAUUUUCCUGAAAUUUUUGCUCCUUCCGUUGAUACUUGUUGGAAUGAACUGUCUUAAUAAGAUAUUUUCUCCAUAUUCAUUCUGUUUCAUCACAUUCUCUUUAUCUGAUGCUAAAUAGCAAAAAUUAAAAAUGUUUACAUAAUAUUCAUUUUGUUUUCAAAGGAAUACAUGCAUGUAACAUAAAAUAUGUGGGAAAAACAGGAUGAAAACCAACACUUCUAUUUACACUUCUUUCCUAGCUUUCAUCCUACUGGCAUAUAAUUUUUAAACGAAUUUUUUUUUAAUUAUACAUACAGAAAAGUGAACAAAUCCUCAAUACUGUAUUUUCAGAAAGUGAACGUACUUGGUAUCAGCAUCUUGAAGAAAUGAAACAUUAUUAGCAUCCCAGGUGCCACAGAAAUUACCCCUUAAAAUCACUGCCAGCUCAAGUAUAACAAAUAUCUCAAUUUCCAAUACCAUAGUUCAGUUUUGCCUGUUUUGAAUUUACAUAAAUGGAAUAGUGGAGUGUGUACUGUUUUGCAUCUGGCGUCUUUAACUCAACAAUAUGUUUAUGACGUUUAUCCACAAUACUGCUUUUAAUUUUAAUUCUUCAUUCUUGUUGCUGUAUCAUAUUCUACUGUAUGGAUAUUUCACAAUUUAUUACCCAUCCUACUGUAUGUGGAUAUUUGGGUUGAUGCAACGUUUGGCUGUUUGAAUAAUGCUGCUAUAAACAUUCUCCUACACAUCCUUCAACAUACAUGUAUACGCAUUUCUGUUGGGUAUACACCUCGGGGUGGAACUGCUACUCAUUUAGUAAGUGCAUGUCCACUUUUAGUAGAUAUUUCCAAAUAGUUUUCCAAAAUGGUUGUACCAGUUUACAUUGCUAUCAGCAGAGUCUGGAUAUACCAGUUCUUCAUCGUUCUUGCCAACACCUGGUAUUAUCUACUUUGGAAAGCACUUUUAAACCUUCAUUUUCUAGCUUUUUAAAUACUUUCUUAUCACUAAAGAAUAUGCUUGUAACUUUUUCAAAAGCUUUAAACAAUUAAUUUCAUGCUAUUGUUGUUUGGUAUCCAGUAUACUUAAAAUUUCUCUCAUCCAUCCUUGACAUAUAGCUAUCUCACUAUUUUCUGGUACUUCUCUGCUCAAACUGAAACCUCCAUUUAUUGUUCCACUAACAACAGUUUCUUUUGAUUUUCUUGUGUGAAAGAAACUAAUAGAAUUCUUAUUUUUUCCUGUUACUUGUUUCUCCCUUAUACUUCCAAACUUCUCAACAAUGAGCUUUUACUUCUAUAUAGUCAGGGUUAAUGACACACUCUACAACUGUAGCUAAGCGUUCCUUGUUUUGUCUAUAGAUGUUUUAAAACCUGAAAAGCAAUAUAAAAAUUUUACUUUUAAUGACCAUAUAAAUUAUGUGUGCACUACAGGUAAAGAUCACUAGGAACGCAUUAUAUCAGAACAAAGUUGGGUUUACUGACUUAUAAUGAGGGAGACUGCACACCAUGGGGAACCAUGGGUCAACUCAGUAACAAUGCCCUACCAAGGAGUUAGAGGAUUUGGGUUUAUGCUAGGUGAUUUGUGGUAGAGUUCAAGAAUGUCUCCUUCUUUCCUUUUCUCUCUUUUUUUUUUAAUUCCUUCCCUUCGCUACAGUAUAUCCUCAGGUGGCUUCUUAAGAGAAGGUGCACAAAAAUAAACUUUGUGUCUCUGCAUGUCUGAAAAUACAUUUGGUUUUCAUUUCCACUUCAUCAAUCUCAUAUAUUGCUUAUGUCAUUCAAUGUCAUACAUUCUAACAAUUCAUGCCUUUUCAUAUCUGGGAUUAUUUUAUCUCUAGUAUUAUUUCCUUAAUAAUUGCAUUCCUAACUUUAGCUUGUUAUUUUUUUUCUAAGUCUUAUACUUGUUGGAUAUUGAACAUUUUAAAUUGUUUCUCUAUGUUUCUUAUAUUUCUCGUUUAUUUUACAUCUUUGGUUUUUCCUCUACAUCCUCACUUAAAAUUGGUACCUCACUUUGAGUAUUUUUAUUGAAUUUUUAAUUUUGAUGGCAUAUUUAAAUCCCUAAGAGUUUUCUUAUUAUCUGAUUGUAUCUGUUCCAUAAUAGCACUUGGGAUUUUCAAAGUUCACUUUAUUUCCUGAAUGAUCUGUUUUCUGGAAGUUGCAUUUCUCUUUUUGUGUUUUUGUGUCAUUUGUGGUUUUCAUAUGUCUGGUGGUAGCAUAUCUGUUCAUAUGUAAGAAAAAUAAACUGAGUAGCUGGUGUGUAGCAAUUGCUGUUUGGUUAAGUCGUCUCUGCUUCUUUUUAUUCAAGAUUUUUAAUGUGGACCAUUUUUUAAGUCUUUAUUAAAUUUGUUACAAUAUUGCUUCUGUUUUAUGGUUAGAUUUUUUGGUGGUGAGGCAUGUUGGAUGUUAGAUCCUCUACCAAGGAUGGAACCCCCAUCCCCUGCAUUGGAAAGCAAAAUCUAACCUCUGGACAACCAGGGAAGUCCCAAGUCUUCUCUGCUUUUGUGUGAUAAGGUGGUCUGCACCCAGGUUUCUGUCCUGAGUGGAAAUUCUUACACCAUGCUCCAUGUGAGGCAGUGCAGAGCCAGGUUUAUAAACUAUCAGACUUGACUCUAAGUGGCAUUAUGAUGAAUGGACAAAGAACUCUUUUGGGGAUGUGGCCCUGCAAGUGUCAGGAUACAAAGGUUUUAUGCUGGGAUUCCUAAAAUCUCCACUAAAAUAUCCUAGUGUUCUCCAAAAAAAAAUCCUUUUAUUUCUUUAGAAAUGAGCCUUAAUGUUAUUGAGUCUGGAGGGAAAUUAAUAAUUAUUAAAAUUAUGUUACAUACAAUGUAUUAUUAUUAUUGCCAUUAUACACUUUCUCUGCACUUUAGUGUUUUCUAAAUUCUUUACACAUAUCUCAUUUAAUCCCCAAAAUAAUGGUACAAUUGGUAUGCCAAUCUUAGAGAUGAACAAACUGGACAUACAGAGUAACUUGCCCAAGUCUUCCUAGCCACUAUGUGGUGGAAUCAGGAUUUGAGUCCAGUCAGCCUGACCCCAAAGACAUUACUUUUUGUUUUUACUUUUUUCUAUUUUGAAAUCUAUUAAACAUUCCAAAAAGUGUAUACAAUGUAUAUGUGCAACUUAAUAAAAUGUUCAUCACCCAGCUUAAGAAUUAGAACAAUGCCAAGACCUUGGAAAUCCCUGUGUGCUUCCACCAUAACAUCUUCCACCCUCAUUAAA